AUGGAUGCCUAUGAGCAAGUCCAAAAGGGACCACUGAAGCUGAAAGGAGUCACACAGCUCGGUGUGACCAAGAGGAAGAAGAAAAAGAAGGACAAAGACAAGGCAAAACUCCUGGAAGUGGUGGGAAAGAUCCAAAGCAAAGAGGAGGAGGAGGAGAGCAGUGGACUUCACAAGCAGACCCCAGCCCAGAAGGCCUUUGAGAAGAUGCAGGAGAAGCGGCAAAAUAAAAGGAUCCUGAAGAAAGCAUCCAAAACCCACAAGCAGAGAGUAGAGGACUUCAAUAGACACCUGGAUGCACUCACGGAGCAUUAUGACCUUCCCAAAGUCAGCUGGACCAAGUAG